CAUAGCACACAUAUCGUAUAUUCAUAUAGUUUUGAUGUGAUUUACUGAAGAAUACAAUGUUAUGUCCGUUGAUGUGAUGAUUACUGCCAAUGGGUUGUAUGCCGUCGAAGACCUGUGCUAUCAUCGGCACCAUUAAUAGUGAUGAAAAGCCGGCAUUUCUUAUGCAAACAAUUGCAGACCACAAGUCAGGCAUCAAUUGUAUUGAUAUCAGUGAAGACCGAUCUCUUGUGGUGACGGGUGGAGAGGAUUGUUUGGUCCGACUCUGGAGUACACAAUCCAAUCCUUGCGAAUGCAUUGGAAUACUUGAUGGCCAUCAGGGUUAUAUCACUUGUUGUGCGGUUCAUAAACAUUUGGUGGUCACGGGAUCUGCAGAUCACACAAUACGCUUGUGGACUAUUGAAGCGGCACAAUGUUUGGCCACAUUUACUGGACAUCAAUCCAUUAUUAACCAUAUUGUAUGUGAAGGCAAUUUUAUUCUAUCCACCAGUUAUGAUAAAACAGCCAGAAUUUGGUCUCUUUCUAAUGAUAAGAACAACAAUUGUAUUCAAGUGUUGGAAGGUCACAACAAAGCCGUUACUCAAGUGGCUAUGAUUACGACAGACGAGCAGAUGCUUGAAAAGGGAUGCAUCCAUGAGUUAGACCUAAUAGUGACCACUUCUACAGACACUACGGCUCGCACGUGGUCUCUACUAACGGGCGAAUGUCAUAAAGUGCUUAUUGGACACAAGGGGUCCGUUAAUUGUAUAGCACUCGACCCCAACAACAAGAGGCACAUAUACACGGGUGGCGCCGAUUCUCUCAUCAAGUGUUGGGAUUCUAUUACUGGAGAUCUGAUCCGUGAUCUUCGAGGACACGGCGGCGCUAUUUUGUGUUUACUCUCACACAAUAGAAUCCUGUAUUCAGGCAGUGCUGAUCACACGGCCAGAGCGUGGGCUCUAGAGUACGGCGAGUGUACGCGAAUCUAUUGGAGAAAUACCAGUUCUGUCACAACCAUUCAAUAUUACGAUGGCAUAGGUUUUAUACAUUAUCUAUGGCUAUACUUUAACAUGGGAUUCUUGAGUCUAUGGGAGAUUAACAUAGGAUUACAGCUUAAGUCUAUGGCUAUACUUUAA